AUGGCUUCAAAGGGCAAGCCGAAGCCGAAACAACGGGCACGGGGCGCCUCGUUUCGUGCCAUUGCCGACGCCGGGUUUCGCAAGUUUCAGAGCCGUGAAGCCCUCGGCAUGUACAUUGACAACCCGGGCGCCUACAUGGGCUCCAAGACGUACGCCAGCAGCGACCCCAAAACCGCGCUCUCCGUCGCAGGGCAGGUCAUAUACUACUCGGACAACUUUGUCGCCAUCCACGACAAGUUCCCCAAGGCGUCCGUGCACUGCUUGUUGCUGCCGCGCGACCCCCGCUUCUACCAACAACACCCCGUCUUUUUGCUGAGCCGCCGCGACGACAUCGGCAAGGCAUUCCUGCACGCCAUCCGCGCCGAGGCCGAGAAGCUGCGUGCGAUUGUGGCGGCCGAGCUACGGCGGCGGUUCGGCAAGUUCAGCGCGGCCGACGCAUUGCGAGAAGCCGUUUUGCGCGGCGAGGCCGAUGCCCCGGGCGGCGGCGACUCGCCCUCACAACAGCUACCGGCCGGCCGUGACUGGAGCAAGGACGUCGUGGUGGGCGUGCACGCGCGGCCCAGCAUGAGCCACUUGCACGUCCACGUCUUCUCGCGCGACAUGCACAGCGAAAAGGUGCGGCACCGCAAGCACUACAACUCCUUCACGACGCCGUUCCUCGUGCCACUCGACGAGUUCCCGCUGGCCGCGGACGACCCGCGGCAGCCGCACGACGCACGGAUGUUCGGCAGUGGAGCGUACCCAGGGACAGGCGAGGAUGCCGGGGAUGUCAACGACAGCGGCGAGGACAGCGGCGGCGAGAUGGACGUGGACAGCCGGGGGGCUGUGAGCCGCCCACCACACCACCACCUCAACUAUCUGCAGAGCGACAUGAGGUGCUGGCGGUGUGGUAAGAACUUUGGCAACCGCUUCCAGGAGCUCAAACGGCACUUGGACGUGGAGUUUGAGGCUUGGAAAAGGGAGUAA